AUGGCUGCUGCAACCGAAACCACGUCGGUGGAGGCCAAGGAGUCCCAGGUGGACGCCAAGGCCGAGUUCCUGAGCAACCCCUUGCUCGCGGACGUCGUGUUCCCCAAAUUUGACGAGGUUAAGCCGGAGCACGUGGUCCCUGGCAUGCGCGCGCUGCUGGGAGAGCUGCACAAGCAGAUCGACGCGCUCGAGGCCGCGGUGGAGCCGACGUGGGCGGGGCUGGUGGAGCCCCUCGAGCGCAUCAGCGACCGCCACCAGCGCACGUGGGGCGUCGUGUCGCACCUCAAGGGCGUGCAGGACACCGAGGCGCUGCGCAAGGCGGUGGAGGAGGUGCAGCCCGAGAACGUGGCGCUGGGGCUGCGGCUGAGCCAGAGCCGCCCCCUGUACGAGGGCUUCAGGGCGCUGCGCGAGGGGGAGGGCUGGGGCCAGCUGACGCCCGCGCAGCAGCGCGUGGUUGAGAUUGAGCUGCGCGACUUUGUCCUGGGCGGCGUGGCGCUGGAGGGGGAGGCCAAGGAGCGCUUCAACGCCAUUCAGCAGGACCUCGCGCAGUCCUGCAUGCGCAUGUGCUGCAUGCGCAUGCGCAUGCGCAUGCGCGCGUGGACAGCUCCGUGGGGCGGCCCCGCGGCGGGCCGCCGGAUGCCGCGCGUUUGA